AUGAUAGUGACGUGCCGUCUGCUGUGCGCCCUGUUGUUGCUUGCCCUGUGCUGCUGCCCGUCCGUGUGCGUGGCAGACACUCAGGAGGCCACUGAAGGUCAAGCUGAUAUAAACCACUCCAAUCUGUCGCCUGUUUCACCUGAAUCUAUGGCGGCUGCACCUAAUGGAAGCGUCACCGGUCCAGCGGCCCCUGAACCAGGAGGAAUACCAGGGAACGGUCAGGCUGAGGCUGCUGAAAAUUCAGCCACUGAGCCGGCUGCGAAAGAAAUUGGGCCAGAGGCACCAGUUUUGGCCGUUCCGGGACCAAAAGCAAAUACUGAGCUAAAUACAUCACUGACAGAGGGUACGAACGGUAAUAAAGGAUCAGAAAUUGGCACGAGACAACCCGCCGAUCAAACAGAUAAUAAAGUCGAAGUUGUUACUGAGACAACCGAGUCGAUCGCUGCAACAGUCUCACCGGAGAACACCAAGAAUCCUGAAGCUAAUGGAAAAGGCGCUAAUUUAUUGCCUCCUGCAUCAAAGGAUAAACAGGGGAAAGGUAAUUCAGGGUCGUCAGGUUUGGGGUCCUCUGCGGGCUCGGGAAAAAGUGCCGUAGAGGGAGAUUCCACCGUUACGGAACCGCAGUCAAAUAACGUGCCCAAUACGAUACAGACAGAAGUUAAUAAUGGCACUACAGGACCACGAAGUGGCACAAGUUCUUCCGCUGACCAAACAGAUAAUAACGCCAAAGAUGUUUCCGCAACAACCACGACCACAACAAAGGCACCAACAAUGACCACCACCACUACAACACAUGCACCAAGUACUACGACUACAACAGAGGCGCCAACCACGACGACCACCCGUGCACCAUCACGUCUUCGCGAAAUCGACGGCAGCCUCAGCAGCUCUGCGUGGGUGUGUGCCCCGCUGGCUCUCGCCGCAUCCGCGCUGGCGUACACCACUGUGGGCUGA